GCGAAGCGAACGAGAAGCCAGUUACAUCACAAUGGUUCAAAAAUCUUCAGGAUUCGUUGGAUUCUUCAAAAAUAUCUACUACGAUGAGUAUAAAUGGGCUCUCGUGAAAAGUGCAUCGCUGUUCAUCGUGGGUGUGCGAUUCGCUCAGGAAUGUGUCGGUCUGGAAUUGAUGCCAUCGGUGGCACAUUGAAGCAGCAACACAAUUGAAAGUUAAUGUUACAAUAC